AUGCGCAAGCGAGCCAAUGCGCCGUUGCCAGGCGGGCGCUGGCUGCUGCCCUCGACAAGCUGCGCGCGCCGUCUGAGCGAGUCUGUGGUGUCUGUGUGUCUGUCGUCGACGGUGCCUGGGCGAGACAGAACUACACCUUCGUCCGCCUUCCAUACUUUCCCAUACCCACCCACACAAACCCCCACUCACGCCCUUUGUCUCCGCGCUCGCCUGUUUGCCUGCCCUAGUUCCCUCUCUCCCCUUGUUCUCUCAACCUCUCUUACUUAUUCCACCCACACACGCACGCACUCUUCCUCUCCCAAGAGCCAUCCCGGUAGUGGGGCAGAAAGACCCUUAACAAGGAAAACAACACGUGAACUAGGCUUGUCUACGCUCGACCUUCGUUCGCUGCAAAUUCCCUCCCUACGACAAACCCGACCACCGCACCUUUUUCCACCUUUACAUUCCCUCCCUCUUCCUCUCUCUCUCUCUCUUCUCCCUGCACACACACAAACACAUACACGCUCUCUGUGCCCCUCUUUGCCGCACCUCCCUUCUGCCUAUUCCGCCCCAGCAGCCUUUUAA